AUGUCGUUCAACUGCACAUUACCUUGGUUUGACUUUGAUGAGGUUCGUAGCCGGCCGAAGGAUAUGUUUUAUCAGAGUAAGUUGGUUUCAGUUUACGAAAAGUUAAAUCUUCUCACGAAUACCAAAGGUACCAGAAGAUAAUGUUUUAAAUCCAAAGAUGGUGUUGAUUUACAACAGAAAGGAUCCGUGUGCGGCGUUGAGGUCUCCACGAGACCUUUUUCUAACUUUAGACUACUGUUUGCAACACAAACAUCACCAAUUUGUCGCUGCCAAAAGUCGUACGCGACUGUACAGGGGGAAAAUCCAAAUUGCACUAUGAAAACUCACUUUUUGGACCGGAUCACUUUUUGGAACUUUCAGAUGCGCACAACAUUUUCAACACCGUAACUAUGCUCUUUGCGGCAUUUGCCAACAUUUGGCUUAUGUUUAUAAUCCAAAAGUUCUCGAAUGGAAUGAAAGGUAUGGGUAACAUGAUUAUGAUUCAUGUCGGCAUGGACGUGAUGUUGGCUCUUUUAACUUUGCUCCUUCAACCUGUAAUUACUACCAGUUACGGGUACGGAAUUUCAGUUUUUCUUUCGACGUCUUAAAAUAGAAAAUUCAUGCCUGUUUUAGUCAUUACAUCUCAUUCGCCAAUGGUUACAACAACUUUCCGGACACAGUAAUUCGAUCGCUCGCUGUAGUCUCCGUUUGCUUAUCUGUCUACAAUUGGGCUUAUCUACCCAUGCAGUUCGUCUACAGAUUUCAUUUGAUGUUCACGGGAAAAACGCCGUCGGUUCAGCGGAUGUUUUGGUACGCAACACCUUCCAUUAUUUUAUGCGCCUUCGUUACACAAGCCGAGAUUCAGUUUUACAUGUAUCGAGCGAGUAAUUUGCAGGAAAUUGGGGAGAUCAUAUUUAUUAAUGAUGGGUUUCCGGAGCCGGGAGUAAUAAAUGGAGCUAUUUAUGUGAGUACUUGCAACUUUUGAACGGAAAAUUCUGAAAAUCUUGAGCUGUGCGAAAAAGUGGAAUGUUCAGAUCUUUAGUGAAGUCUUAAUUUACAAGGAAAGGAACCCAAAUUUUGAUUAAACUUAACACAAAGAUACAGUGGCAAUAAAAAAACUCCCAUAGCGUUUUUUAGGCAAUACAAAAUCCCUAACUCACGCCUUGCAGCCCCCCUAGUGGUGUAAAGUUUUACAAAUAGUAUUUUUUUUCGCCGAGGCUCCUUCAGGAAUUGAUAAAUCGCAUAUGCCCAAAGUGUAUGCAAAAUUUAAAGAAAAACAUCGCAAUCGUAUCCAAUCCCCAGUUUUUACUUGAUUUCUCAAUUUUCAGUACGAACAUCGGAUGGUAAAUGCCACAAACCUGCAAUUCUGUGUGACUCUGUACUCAUACCUUUUGAUUAUCGUCUCCCAGUUGGGAAUUUGGUACAGUACCAGUCGACUGGGUCGAAUGGCGGCACCUGCCAAUAGAAAACGGAAUCGAGCGCUCAACCGACUACUUGUCUGUAUGGUAAGCUCAUCUCAUUGUCGAUAAUAUCACAUUGAUGACUUUUUUGUAAUUUUUUUCAUUUUUUCAGGCAAUAACCCCAAUUUUUACGACCAUUUUACCCAGCCAGUACCAUGGUUACUAUAUUUCGCAAUGUGCUCCAAUGGGUCCAAAAAUCGCGUUCACCUCAAGUUUAUUUGUUCUUGGCCCAAUUCUGGAUCCUAUUGUAACUUUUGUAGCCGUUGGCCAAUACCGAAGAGCAAUGA